UCCACCACUGAAUACCACUUUUACAAUGAAGCCUGAUUUGAAUCUAGUUUUUUUCAUUUUCAGUACUUUCGAGGUCACUCUCCUGGAAUAUUGUCCGACUCGUUGCCAGUGUGACUGGGAGAUCUACAGUGUGUCAUGUGUUGGAGCUGAGGUCAUGCCUGUAUUCCAUUCUAGCACACAGGAGGUGUGGCUUGUGGGGACCAAACUUUCUUCUCUUCCUCAAAAUGCAUUCUCCAACUUGGCCAACAUUGUUCACAUAGACAUCUCUGAUGAUGAUACUAUAAGAUAUCUUGAGAGGCAUUCUUUCCACAACCUGCCCAUGGUAACUCACAUACAACUAACUGGUAUCAAAACACUGUCAUACAUCAACCAAGAGGCAUUUAAAAAUCUGCCUAAUUUAAAGUACCUUGGGAUCACCAACACCGGUCUCACCUCCUUUCCUGGGCUGCAAUAUAUUCAGUCCAGCAAAGAUGAUUUUAUUUUGGAGAUAGUGGAAAAUGCCUUCCUACAAGUUAUACCUGCUAAUUCUUUCAUUGGAAUAUCUGAGAAAACGUUGACCAUCAUGCUGAAUGGCAAUGGUGUGAAAGAGAUCCAGCAAUAUGCCUUCAAUGGGAGCAGACUGGAGGAAGUGUAUCUCCACAGGAAUAUGGAUCUGGAACGUAUAGAUGAAUUUGCAUUUGAUGGCGUUAUUCAAGGACCGACACGCUUAGACCUUUCAGAAACCAAAGUUAGCUCUCUUCCUUCAAUGGGUAUGGAGACCAUUGAAAAACUCCAAGCUAAAAACACUUGGACCCUCAAAGUACUGCCCCCCUUUAGGGCCUUUCUCCAUUUACAAAGUGCUGAAUUGACCUUCCCAUGCCAUUGUUGCGGUCUCAAAAGGUUGAAAAGGUGGAGAGGAAACUCUGAAGCAGUUAUUUGCAACCUGACCCGGACUGCUUUGGGAAAGCUGCAGGAAUCCUCCAAAGUUCUCUCUCAGAGGUGUCAUGGACACACAUUCGACCAUCAUCUGAACGACAGCUUCGGUCUCCAAACUGCCGAAGGCCGAAAUCUCAAUAAUUGCUAUCACAGCCCCAUUUGCCCAACUGAACAGUCUCAAAAUGAGGGUUUGUUUUAUGUGGAGUUACCAACAGAGCAUCCCAAUGAAGGUUUCGACUUUGCUCUGUGUGAUGAACCUCACAUAGAUAAUCAUGAACUAUUGUGCACCCCUCUGCCAGAUGCCCUGAACCCCUGUGAGGAUGUGAUGAGUCAAGGCUUCCUGAGGGUGUUGGUCUGGGUGGUCAGUCCGUUGGCCAUUUCAGCCAACUUCCUGGUGAUGUUCAUCCUGCUGACAAGCCAACAGAAGUUCUCCGUUACCCGUUUCCUCAUGGGUCACCUGGCAUUUGCAGACUUUUGUAUGGGGAUAUACUUACUGCUCGUUGCGUCUGUCGACCUCUACACACGCUCCCAUUAUUACCACUAUGCUAUCGCCUGGCAAACAGGAGGUGGCUGCAAUCUAGCAGGGACAAUAUCAGUGUUUGCCAGCGAGCUAUCUGUGUACACAUUAACUUUAAUCAGUCUUCAGCGCUGGCAUGCUAUCUUCUACGCUAUGAGGGCAGACCGAAAAAUCCGCUUACGCCAUGCAGCUGUGCUGAUGCUCGUCGGCUGGUUGCUGUGUGUGAUACUAGCAGUGCUUCCAUUGGUUGGUGUGAGCAGCUACCAGAAAGUGAGCAUUUGCUUACCCAUGGACACUGAGACACCUGCUGCUCAGGCCUAUGUGGUCUCUGUGCUGAUGCUUAAUGUCAUUGCUUUUAUAGUGGUAUGUUUAUGUUACCUCCACAUCUACUGUAUGGUGCACAAUCCCCAGCACCAGUUCAGCAGAUGCGAUACCAGCAUGGCCAAACGCAUGGCUGUUCUAAUUUUCACCAACUUUCUGUGUCUGGCUCCCAUUUGCUUCUAUGGCUUGUCUGCGGCUCUUCAUCAACCAUUGAUAACCAUCACAGAUUCCAAGGUGCUGCUGGUGCUUUUCUAUCCUCUCAACUCUUGUGCACACCCAUUUGUUUAUGCUAUCCUGACAAAGGCAUUUCACAGAGACAUCCUGAUGUUGCUGAGCCGGAUGGGGCUGUGCCAGCGGCAAGCACACCUCUAUCGAAGCCAACUUGUCAGUAUUCCGCCCUACAGCCCAGCCCCCAUAUCCCAAAAUGUACAGGAAUUGCCAGGCUACAAGAUGUCCCCAAAUUGCUUCUAAUUAUUAAUUGAUGAUUAGUAUUUUUUCUUGGAGUCAUAGAUUUAAAAAACUAUAAUUUAGUCUUUAUACAUACUAAUUCACCGAAUUUAACCAUUACACAAUAUACCGUGGCCUCUUAAAAUUUGUGAUCCAUGAAUUUCUUGUAUCAGUUUGCAUAGUCUAAUCUGCUGGUUUUCUCUUCCAAAAUAAUGUUAAAUAAUAAUCUUUAGGUAAUGACAGCAAAUGUUUAGGCUUCAUCUGUGGGGGAAAGAUGAGUGGAAAUGUGUCUAAAACUGUAAAGAUGAGAAGAACUCAGAGAUAAGAGCAUAAAAAAGUAAAGGCGUCAGUGUCCUUCAAAUGAAAAGGUUUUAAUAGCAGCGUCUGAAAACCCCUCAGCCCCCUGAACAUUCCAAAUAAGCACUAUCAUAUUUUUACCCACUUUACUAUUUUGUUUGGUCACAUGUUUGAAGGUAGACGUGGUCACUUUUUGAUGGUACAACCAAGUGCAACACCAUGAAUAUAUAAUUAUUUAUGUUCAUAAAAGAACAUAAAAGAAAACAUGUAUGUAUCUUUCAGGGUCUUUGCUUUGCUCAGAGACCAACCAUCAUUAUCGUAAUAACACUACUUAUGGGCAACGGAAUUCAGACGGUUAUAUAUCAAUGUAUGUAAUGUUGCUUAUAUUUUAGAAUAUUACCCCCUCCCAGGCUCCUUACUUAUUUUCUUUAACCUACAAUGACCCUAAUAUAGUACUGUGCACACUUAAGGCCUGAAUUAAAAUUAGUAAAAGAAAAUGUUGAUGUUGUUUUACACCUUAAUAACUCUACUUUAAGUGAAUAUUGCAUUCUUGUUUCCUUUAAUAUUCUCUAUAUUGUCCUCAGAGAGAGAAUUUUCGUUUUCUUUUUGUGUGACUUCUCUCACUCAGAACUUGUGUUUUAAUCGGAGAACAGUAGGGCAUAGAGCUCCCUUUGCAGGUGAAAACAUUUAGGUUUGACCAGUGAUGAGUUAGCUAGUCAAAAUGCCUGGAUUUGCCUCAGUUUCUUUAAUUCCAGAGGAAAUAUCCCGGUUUCAUGGUUUUCACGAUAAUUAACCAGAAUAUUUGGAAUAGGCCUACAGCUGUCAUUGUCAACUACUAUAGCCUUUUACUUUGUUAUUAGUUAUCUACAGUGGUUAUUUGCAUUAAAACACUAUGGAGAACUAGGCAGAAACUGUGCAAAUACAUUGUCUACUAAACUUGA